AGUGGAGAAUUUAUAUUGACAAGAGAAAUUCGUAUUUAAGUGGUUUGAUUUAAAGAAGGAAAGGUGAAAUUUGUUCAACGGAGCAGGAUGAGCAGACGAGCAAGAUUUUGGAAAUUGAAACUCCAUGAAUCUCAGUCUCGUUUCUUCAAAAGCCCCAUUAAUAUUUCCCGGCCGCCGGAGCACCGCCGUAACCACCUAUUACUCACUGCACAAACACUCUUCCGUCGUCUCUACUCCGCCAGAGCUGCACUGUCCCAAUCCCAGCCCCAACCCCAGCUUUCUAACGAUCUGAUCAACAUCAUGGAGCAGAAACUAUCGGCUAUAGAAAACCGACAUUCUCAUUUAGUGGCGAUUCUCAACCAGCCGGACGCAUCGCCGGAAGAGUAUUCCACGGCCAACAAAGAGCUCAAGAAGCUCCGACAUACGAUUGAUGUGGUGGCUGAAUUGAGAAAGAAACAGCAGGAGAUUGGGGGCCUAAAAUCACUUAUUGAUGAAGCCGAAGAGGAUAAAGACAUGCGUGAAAUGGCUGCUGAAGAAUUGGGGCAGGCCUCUCAAGAGGAGGAGCGCCUGCGCUAUAUGUUGCUCAAGUCAUUGCUACCCAAGGAUGAUGUCGAUGAACGCGACUGCAUCUUGGAAGUCAGAGCAGGAACUGGAGGAGAAGAGGCUUCUUUGUUUGCCAUGGAUAUUUUUAAAAUGUAUGAGAAGUACUCUCAGAAAAAAGGUUGGAGGUUUGAAGUUCUUGGUGUGGCAGAAUCUGAUGUUAAAGGUUAUAAGGAGGCUAGUGCCGCAAUCUCUGGUGCAGAUGUUUAUGGAAAGCUGAAAUUUGAGAGUGGAAUUCACAGAGUGCAGCGAGUUCCAGUGACAGAGAAAUCUGGGCGAGUUCAUACCAGUGCCAUAUCUGUUGUAAUUCUUCCUCAAGCAGAUCAGGUGGAUGUUCAAAUCAGGAAUGAAGACCUAAAAAUUGAUACAUACAGGUCUGGUGGUGCAGGUGGUCAGAGUGUUAACACCACUGAUAGUGCCGUCAGGAUUACUCAUAUACCAUCUGGGUUAGUGGUUGCCAUGCAGGAUGAGCGCUCGCAACAUCAGAACAAGGCCAAAGCACUUAAAGUAUUGUGUGCGAAGUUGUAUGAGUUGGAAAGGACUCGGCUUGCUGCACAUCGUUCAAAACUUAGAACAGAGCAGAUCGGUAGUGGGGACAGAUCAGAACGCAUCCGUACAUAUAAUUUCCCUCAAGGUCGUGUAACUGAUCAUCGAGUUGGCAUCACUAGCCACUCAAUAGAUGAUAUAAUGGAGGGCGAGGAUCUUGACACAUUUGUUGACGCUCUUAUCUUGCAGCAAGAAAUGGACGCCAUUGCCUCUUUCACUUCUAGAUAGUAACCGAAGAGUUAAAAACUUUUUAGACUGCCUUUUACUACCUAGCAUUUGCAGCUAACCAAAGAUCUCUGUUUUGGGCCUCAUUGUUUCUUCAAGGAGGUUGGUGCAGCUGCUGAAUCUUGCUGCUACUACGAAUCGAUCUGUCUGACCUAAAGAAAUAUCCGAGUAUUGAGAUUGCAAUUUGGCAACCACCUGCUAUUAGUUGAUAGUUAUUGAUGGUUUUUCUAUGUUUCACCAAUGCUUUCAAAACCGAACAGUUUGCUACACAAAUAACUAGAAUAUCACUAUCAGAUGAUGUUGUUUGUAGGGCAUAAGGCAGGAAAAUGCCAAGCAUAAUUAAAUUGAGGAAAAGCAAGCUUGCUUUGCUUACUUUUUGUUAAAUAAUGUGAUGUGCAGUGCUAA